AUGUUCAAUCCAAAAACCCUCAUUCUAACGUCCACCUACCCCACCGACCUCUCACCGCCAAAUACCAACCCUCAUCACCGCUUACGUCGACGCUUCACCACGAUCCUCCACAUCACCAGCCUUUUUGCUAGUUUGAUCGCCCUAUCGCUCUUCUCAGCCGCUAUACCGAGAUGGAACUCCAACUUCUUCCACAACGCAGGUCCGAAUCGCGGCGACUGGACCGACGGGAUGCCCAUUGGCCCCUUAGCCUUCGCAUUUCUCUACCACGCCGCCGCCCUUAUCUAUACCCGAUCACCAAAAUCCCGAGGAUCAGGUAGCAAUGCUUCGGUGUCGUCAUUGUCCUCUCUCUCGCGCCGCUCGCUCCUCAUCCACACGACGAUCCCCGUGUUGGUACUGCUCAGUCUGCUUCCGGCCCUUCUGCUCGCAGGUUAUGGCUCGCUAUUCCGCUUCUGGCAGCCAGCCAAACGCACGCAGUCGGGAAUACUGCAGUGCAGCAUGCUGAACGUGUUUACUCGAGAAUGUUCCCCGGUGUUCUACGAUAUCGGUGCUUUGCAGAUCGCGGGCAUCGUCUUCGGCACCAUCGUCUGGUCCGUCCAAUUCACCUUGCUGCUUGUAGCUUUGCGCAACCUUCGCCGUUAUCUCCUCGUCAAGCAGCUUCAGAGGGAGAAACUGGCACAGUAUGGUGGGCACGAAUACCCCGAACGGACAGAUUCGCAUAGAAACAGGCGACGCCACGGCUCUGGAAGCAAGGUCGGAUCUCGAGAGCAUGCUAGCUGGCAUCAACAUCCACAGCGACUAGCUGGGUUGCCGAGCCCCAGAUCUGGUUCUGGCUCACGGUCAGGUUCCCGCAGUGGCUCCCUCGCCGACAGUGUAAACGAAGGCCAACCGAGCAAGACAGAGCCACCUCACACUCAACAGCAAGAUGUGCCUGUAUACUUUGUCCAGACCCCUGAAGCCAGCCAUCCACCGCCAUCUCGUCGAUAUGGGUAA